AUGGCUGCCGUUUGCCGAGACCUUCUUCCUUACUUCACAUCAUGGCGAAUUCUCCUGUGCUGCUAUUCCGUGGGGCUGUUUAUGCACAUGUCAAGGUCGCUGCUUCCGAACACUAUGGUAUGGGCGUCAGCUAACUCUCCGCGCCGGCUGAGUCACUCAACGCCAAGUGUUUUCCGUUCCUAUACAGAAAUUGAUAACACCGCGCCCGUCGGGUCUAUUCACAGUCCAACUGAAUCAAAUGUAGAACCAACGGCCGGUCGCAACAAACGGGCACUGGCAACGGCUUCUGAAGAGCAGUUGCCCACAAGUCACCGGAGUCGGCGGGGGGCAGCGACAAGCAUACUGUCUGGUCUGAGGAGCGUCUACAAUGCUUCAUCGCGUCCAGCUGUUGACUCCAGAAAUCGUGCCAAGGAUCCAGAUCGAUUUGUAAUGCGAAGAGCAGUCGUACACUCAAUUGAAGAAGUAACAGAGAGGUCCGAUCACCACGACCUUCGUGGAGAGGACAGCGCCCAAACCGACAGCGUCAACGCACCUGACGACGAACUAGUCAGCGAGCUUCUACACCUUGGCGAGUAUCCACAUCAUAUUGAGUCCCUCUCUGAUCCGGAAGCGGUGAAAAUACUUGCCCAUCUCGUGGCUACCACAAACACGCAUGACAUUGUCUCGCAAUCGCGAAAGAAGAAACUGGUCGAAGCGUUCAACAUGUACCUUCCAGAUGGCGACCGUUUCUUUGUCGAAUCUCUCUCUGAUGCAUCUGAGUCCAAAGAAUUUGUCAGAGGCCCGCUUCUGGGUGUGGGAGGAAACGGUCUAGUUUUUGAGGCGCAGGACAGUGACGGCCACGUAUACGCACUGAAACUCCUGCUUGUGCGUAUGAGCACGUUUCUAGAGGCCGUGGGGGACCUCAGCCACGAUGCCUGGAGGCGCGAAGAGGAUUGGGCAUUCGCCAGGGCUCUUCGCAAGGAGAUGAAAGUACUCAGGUUGUUUCCACCUGACAAGUCACCCGAGCAGUUGUACGAAGAAGGGUUUGUCCUGCCGUUGUUUCAGGGUAUCCUCGCGGGGAAGCCGCGAAUGACUCCGUUAACGGAGGAGUUCGGUGCGACGAGUGUUGUGGUCGGAUUUCAUAAGGUGGCGUGUAGUGUAGGGCAACUUUUCAGUGCGCAUCGUCUCCCGGACGGAGUCAAGCUCGAGCUGACUAAGCAAAUGGUCGACCGCGUGGCUCGGCUUCAUAGCUACGGCAUUCUGCACGGCGACGUCAAGUGGGAAAACUUCUUCCUGGACGACAACGGACGCGUUUUUCUCGGAGAUUUCGAGCAGGCUCAAUCUCUCGGUCACCGCCGGACGGGGCCCUGCGGUCCCCGAGGUGGAGGCACUCCUUCCCUGCACGAGCCUGCACGCGCUGCGUGCUACUUCAGUGAGCCAGAUCGUCGGUUGGAUUUGCUCGAAAGUCGAGACAGCUGGUGCCUCGGAGUCGUUUCUUAUAAACUCUGGUGUCAUCGCUUACCCUUUGGCUUGCACCUAAAUCGAGCUGACAUGGAAGGGUUCAUGAACCAGGUGGCCACCAUAGAACGAGAUCGCCUGGUCCCCGACUUCGACGAUUGCCGCGGUUCCGAACAAACACCGGAAGACGUGAAAGAGUUGAUUGCUGCAUUGCUCUAUCAUGACCGGUACCGUCGGGAGACGCCACUGAGUCUCAUCGAAAAAUCGCAUCUUUUCCGUCGCCCUCCUUCCGAGAGGAACGACGUCAGCGUGGAACUUAGAGCCCAUGAAAGUGACGCGGCCGACGUACUCCGUCCAGCGGCUCCUUUGCCGGAGGAGCGCUUGCAUGCGCCAGAAACAAAGUUUUUCAAACCGAGAAAACACUGGUGGAGGAGUUAUUUGCAAGCCUGUUCAAUUCAAUAA